AUGAACUUCAUCGUUCAAAAUAUGUCUCCCUCUACAAUAAAUCUAUCAUCGGAGCUCCGCCGUGCCUAAAUUCCCGAGCCGCCGCUAGUUAAAAUCCUUUUUAACGAACAACGGUGUCUGCGCCGCCCGAAGAGUGGAGAUGGAGCCUGAAGUGAUGGAAGCAGAAAUGGUGUUGCCGACUCACAUGUGGUUUAAGAAGAUUCAGACUUACGAUAAGUAUCCGAAAGGGCAAGCCAGAGUCAGGUGGAAACAGCUCAAGCAGAUUAUUCCCGCUGAGAAUUACCAGAAUUAUCCUCCCGAGGAACCUAAUUAUGUUAACAUUGAAACACCACCAUCUAUGCAUCCAUGUAGAAGAAUCUGUGAUAUAACUGGAUAUGAGGCACCUUACGUUGAUCCAAGAACCAAGCUUCGGUAUGCCAAUGCUCAAGUUUUCAAGGUGAUUAGGUCUCUCCCAAACGACUACGUCCAACGGUACUUGGCUCUCAGAAAUGCUGCAGUUGUCUUGAGGUAGCCGUGGAGAUCUUAAGGAACUUUUAUGUUGUGUUUGCAUAGAUACAAUCAGACAUGUCUUAUAUUUCUCAGACUUUGUUAGAAUUGAGGAAUGCUUAUUUGAAAUGAUCCAUCAUUGGGGAGUCUUUAAUGUUACCCUUUUCGUGUAUCAUUAUAUAUGUUAGAGUCAUUCGGUUCUCA